AUGAUACUGCAUUUAGUCUUGUUAAAAAUCCUUUGGGUUUUUAUGUAAUACGCCCAACAAAUUUAAGGACAAACAUCAUUAGCUAUAUAAUCAAAUUCUUUAUCAACCACAUCUUCUUCGUCAAAUAUUUUAACAAAUGACACAGUUUUUUAUAACAGCACUCAAUUCUUAAGUACUUGUCCUAAGCUAAAAAAUACAUAUUUGAAUGGUAGACAAAAUGUGGUAGCCUCUUAGCUAUUUUAACUGGAUGAUUAAACUGUAUUUGAUGUUAGUCAGGAAACGAAUCCUUAUCAAAUCACAAUUACAAUAUGGAAAAGCAGCGGAAAAGUUAUUUAACAAUUAACAGAAGUUAAUAACUGUAUUAAUUUUUAAUAUGAUAACCAAAGAAAAGUUCUAUUGCUUCUUUGUUCUUCUACUGAUGUGUAUCUGUAUUAAUACAGCUCAGGGACCUUUGUUUUAUUUUAGAUAUUUCAGAAUCUAAAUACACUAUUAGUAACAGACGUUUAAUUAUAACCACAAACAUCUCAAACUUAGUUUGCUACCCUUUGUUUCUAGGAAAGUGAGCUAAGAUUUUGGUCUGUUGGUUCAGUAUUACCUAUUAAAACUCUAUAUUUGCAUAUACCAAAUGCAAAUUUAAUACUUCCAAGUGCAUUUAAUUUUAUUUUCAUACCAUACACAAAAUAUGUUGCAGUUUUUGACAUUAACAGGUCAAUAAUUAGACUCAUCGAUACAGAUACAGGAGAUAUUUUUAAAACAUCUAACAGAUAUCUAAAAUAUGUUGUGGCUCAUCCAUUUAAAAACUUUAUCCAAUAUAACUAUCUUUGGAAAUUGAUAGUAGUAUUAACAUAAGAAAAAUUAACAAAGACUCCUGCUUAGCGUAUAACUACAUUUUUCGCUAAUGAUACCACACAGUAUAAUUCAUUUAAAAUCGAUUUCUAAAAUGAUUUCUAAAAUAGAGUCACUUGCAUGCACGUUCUUUAGGGUUCUGAAAUGGUAGCCUUAGGUAACAAGGAUGGUUCUAUGUUUAUUUAUAACUUGAUUACUGGGAAAAAGGUUCGUACGAUUCAAGUAAGCAGCAAUGAAGUACUUGAUAUCCUUCUUGAAGAUAAUGUUUUAUAUGUUUUAGCCAAAGAUUAGAAUGAUGAAACCCUCUUGCAAUAAUAUGACUGGUUUAACAAUUAUUAUGUAGAAACACGAAUUACAAAUCAGCCAGUUUGUGUUAAUUAAUGCAACAGCAUUUAAUAUUAAUCUUCUGCAUGGCUUGCCUGCAGAUAAUGCAAUGCAGCUUUUAAAUGUGCAAGUUGUAAUGAUUAAGGAUGUGUGACUUGUAUAAGUGGAUUAUAUAUUGAUUAAAUAGUAUUAUCAAAUGGAAAAACUCAAAAUGUUUGCACAUCUAUUUGCUCAUCAAAUCAGUUUGGACUUGGUUUUGAUAACUCUUCUAAUACUUAAUGUGUUGAAAUAUGUCCUAGUAAUGUUUAUGAUUUUGAUAAUAAAGUGUGCAGUCUCAGUACUUCUAUUGAAAAUUCUUCUUAAGAAUAUGGCAUAACAGCAAGUUUAAAAAUAUCACCAACUAAUGAUUAAAUUAUUAUGAUAGAUUUCUCUAAAGCUAUCUAAUUCAACAAACAACACAUACUUUCAGCUACAAAUUAAGUAGUAUCAAAUAUGCAACAAUGUGUUUUAGUUGACCUUUAAAAAAUAAAGCCAACUGAUUAUUCUUACUCUGUUACCUUAGACGCCACAGACAAUACUUACAUUUAGCUUUAACUUAAGUAUUUAGGUUCAGGAGGUGUUAAAAAUCCUAUAUUAACAGUAACAUUUGAAGGAUAAACAUGCUUUAAAGACUUAAAUUAUGUUCCUCUUGGACCUUCUAUGAUAAAUCCAGGAAUAUAACUCACUUUACCAUGGAAUUUAGUAAACUAUGAUCCAGGAACGAAAUAAACUUCUUAAACAAUCUCGUAGACAACAAAAGGAGUUAGUACAGCUGUAGCUUCUGCCACUAUACCUCUUGCUUUAAUGAAUAUAAUGUAUAUCUUUUGGCUAUUAAUAAAUGUGUUUUAACUUGUCAGCUUUUUGCUUUACUUAAAUGUGCUUUAUCCCAUAAACGUUACAGAUUUCUUUAGGUCUUUCAAAUCUUUUAAUAUGAAUUUUUUACCAACUUUUGGUUUAAAAUUUGAUAGUGCAACAUAAAAAUACACAUUUUUAGGAGAGACAAUAUCAGAUUAAACUCCAGCUGCUCCAUUUGUUAGAGAAGGAAUGACUUCAUCAUUUUUCCUAAAUGGAUUGAAAUUCAUUUAAACAUUUUUUAUUUUAUAUGCAGUAUUAUUUAUUGUUAGAAUUGUGGCAAGACACAUGAAGGUAAACUGCAGAAAAGUUCCUGAAGAUGCUGGCUUUUUCCAUAAACUAACUGCUUUAGCAUAACAAAAACUUGAAUUUACUAUGAUUAUAACAUCUCAUCAAUCUACUUUGCUUUCGUUUUCUGUUAGUAUUUUUUUAUAGUUUAUGGGAUUUUCAUCUUAAAAUGCUAUGAAUGUGAUUUCAUUUAUUGUUGCAAUAUUUGCUUUUAUUUACCUCAUAUUUUUCUUGAAAAAUUGCUACUAAAAAGUGAAUUUACAUGAAAUGGUUGUAGGCUCUAAGAUUUCUGAUAAGCUUGUUGAUGAAAAACUGAAAGAUAAGUACGAGAAAUAUAAAAUGCAGUACGGUAUUCUAUAUUGGAGUGUGAAUUUUAUAUUCUAUGGAAGAAGAAAUUACCAUGUUUUUAUGAUGUUUAGAUAAGUUUUAGUGCCUUUUGUUGUAGUUUUUUUUAAUAAAUUUACCUUUGUAUCUAUAUUUAUCCUCAUAGGAAUAUACGGAUUGACAACUAUUUUCUUGAUACUCUAUCGUCCUUUCGAUAGAAAGUUAGUAGGCUAUUUAAAUGCUUUUAAUGAUAUGGUGAUGACUUUGAUUUUGUGUUUGAUUUUUUAUAUUCAUUCAAUAAAUGAAAGCUCUGGCUAAACUCUGAGUAAAUCAGAUGUGGAAAAGCAAGUAAAUGUAGGAUGGGUGAUCAUUUCUCUUUUGCUUCUUCUUUUCUUAAUAAAUGUAAUAAGUGGUAUUGUUCUGGAGUGGGAAAGUAUAGUAGAAGCCUUCAACAAUCUGAAGUAAAAGCUUCGUGAAUAUACCAAAAGCCACUCAGUAGAGUUAAAAGAUAACGAAGAAAAAAUUGGAUUGAAUAAAUCUUAGUCAUUCCAAUAAGACGAAGAAAAAAUUAAUAGUAUUUUCAAAGACUCUCUUAAAAAGAAAAAUAAAAAUGUAAAUUUAAACCAAGAAAAAGUAAAAUAGGCAUAAGAAAUAUCAUUACAAGAUGCAGAGCUCAGUGAAGUAAAUAUUUCAUAAACUUCUAAACCUUUAAAUAAAUAAUCUCCCUCUCCAAAGAAAGGAAAUAAGAGAUUUGCUAAAAACCCUGACUUGCAAGACUCAUAAAAUAAAUAAUUGAAAAUAUAAGAGUUUGAUCUAUGA